GAGUACGGCGGUGCCGGCGGGAAUGCCUACGUGGUUCGCUUCACCUCGCCGUGCGGAGCUAUUCCUCGAGGCUCCGUGGCCAAAGCCUUCGUGGACGACGAAAUCUUCACGUCUUCCUAUAAUGUCCUGAACCACCUCCCCGAUGUGAAGGCAUUGGCUGGUCUGGUGCCAGCAAAGAAGAAAUUUGAUGGCUUGUGCGUGCACGUGAAGAAGACAGACGAGUGUUGCAGCACAUGGAAGGCCACAAAAACUUGCCACUUUCUGGUCAUGCAGGAUGGUGGUGCGAAGACACUGGAGCAAUGCGUCGAGGGAUAUCCACUGCCCGCUGGCAAACUCAAGGAGCUUAUGUUGUCUGCCAUCAAAGCCGCCCUCUCCUUCCACAAGAAAGGUUGGUACCAUGGGGACUACCAGCUCAAGAACCUGAUGGUGGACCACGUGUGCACCCCAAACACCCUAAAAGUCGUCGACUUGGAUGGUAUGGGCAACGAGGAAGGCACUGCUGGCGAGGCCUGGAACAAGCCGCACCGCAUGCUCAAGGACUACGCGAUGCUCUUCGGCAGUUGCGGCUUGGGUGCCAUGCCGAUCGCAGAGUUCACGUACAAGUCUACGACAACCAAGCAGGAAGCAGAUCGGAUCGCUGCAGCAGUUGCACCCGUCAUGAGCCCAUUCUGCGACGGCGCAUGGAACUCGCGCCCAGAGGACAUCGUGGAGUUGGGACAGAGGCUCAAGAGCGCCGUCGAAGCUGUGAACUAA